CUCUAGUUCCCGGCCAGCCGGCCGGGAAGAGGGAGACCUGGGUAGAGGGAGAUUACAAAGAAGCACCAUUCCACACUCCAGACCCCAAGCCUCCAGGCCUGAGGUCCAACCAAGUACCCAAUGGAUGACAAAAAGAAGAAGAGGAGUCCUAAGCCCUGCCUGGCCCAACCAGCACAGACCUCAGGCACACUGCGGAGAGUUCCUGUGCCCACCAGCCACAGCGGCUCCUUAGCCCUGGGAUUGCCUCAUCUGCCAUCACCCAAGCAGCGAACCAAGUUCAAGAGAGCAGGCAAGGAGAAAUGCCGCCCGGUGCUGGCUGGAGGUGGGGGCGGCUCUGCAGGCACGCCCCUGCAGCACUCCUUCCUGACUGAAGUGACCGAUGUCUACGAGAUGGAGGGGGGGCUGCUGAACCUGCUCAAUGACUUUCAUUCAGGCCGCCUGCAGGCCUUUGGGAAGGAAUGCUCCUUCGAGCAGCUGGAGCACGUGCGGGAGAUGCAGGAGAAGUUGGCCAGACUGCACUUCAGCCUGGACGUGUGUGGGGAUGAGGAGGACGAAGAAGAGGAAGACGAUGGGGUCACAGAGGGCUUGCCUGAGGAGCAGAAGAAGACAAUGGCUGACAGAAACCUGGACCAGCUGCUUAGCAAUCUGGAAGAUCUUAGCAAUUCCAUACAGAAGCUGCACUUGGCGGAGAACGCAGAGCCUGAGGAGCAGCCAGCGUCGUAGGUGUCGGACCCAGGCCUCGCUGCUUCUCUCCUUCCCUUCAAACUGUGACUGUUUACGGACUCGGGAGGAUUCCGCAGCCCCCCAGGUGCUAUGAGGUGGGGGGCACUGGAUGGAAUUAAACGGAAAAGCCGCUC